AUGGAUCCGUACGACGAGCAAAAGGUGCUGCUGCACACCGGCUCGUUCACCGGCUACCGGCCCUUGCAAGAGCUGGGAAGCCACUAUCUCGCCGCGUCCGCCUCUUGUAAGCGCUUCUGUGGCAAUGAAGAGGGCUGGGGCCCGCUGAGUCCGUUCCGGUUCGACUUCACGCCGUGCUUCGUCGAUGUGUGGAUUGCCUCUGUUUCCGUCUAUGGCAUCGUCCUUGGCUCGGUUGCCAUCUGGUGGCUUCUGAGGAAGAAGCAAGAGCUCACGACAGCCAAGAACGCGCACUUUUGGAUUAAACAGACCUUGCUGGCUGCCAUCAUCGCCAAUGCUGCCGUUCAGUUUGCAUUUCAAAUCGUCAACUAUGGAAGCACCUGGUACGGUGAUUUCCGCGCCUGGACCACUGUUCUUCUCAUCCUGUCCUUAUUUGUCAUCUUCACGAUCCAAUGGUUGGAGCAUUCACGCUUGAGAAAUGCCAAUGGGGUGGUUCUGUUUUACUGGCUACUUCUGCUCAUCUCAUUUGCGGUGAAGCAGCGCUCGCUGAUUUCCCAGCAGCUCUAUGCCAAGAACCUUCCCUACUUUAUCACCUACACCGUCGGCGUUGGUCUUAGCGUGGUUGAGUUUUUGGUCGAGUGGCUCUGGCCUCGCUCAACCCCUAGCAGCUAUGAAACCAUUCUGGAGGAAGAGGAGUGCCCUGAAGAAUACGCCACCAUCUUCUCCAAGCUCACUUUCGCUUGGAUGACGCCAAUGAUGAAACGCGGGUACAACAUUUUCUUGACUGAGAAUGACCUCUGGGGCUUGACUCGGGCAGACCAAACCAAGAACACUGGAGAAGCUCUCGAGGAUUCGUGGAAACACGAGCUUAAGCGACGCCCUAACUCGCCCUCGCUUUGGCUGGCCUUGUUCCGAGCCUACGGUGGCCCCUACAUCACUGCUGCUUUCUUCAAGGUUGGAAACGAUGUUGCGCAAUAUAUCCAACCUCAGCUUCUCCGCCUCCUCAUUUCAUUCGUCCGCUCUCACGAGAAACGAUUUGGAGAGGAGCCCCAGCCCGUCAUCCAGGGCGCUGCCAUUGCGCUCGCCAUGUUUGCCUGCGCUUCCUUCCAGACCACCAUGAUUCACCAGUACUUCCAACUGGCUUUCGUCACUGGAAUGCGAAUCAAGGGCGGUUUGGCUUCGACAAUUUACCGAAAAUCGCUGCGACUUUCCAACGAGGGACGAUCGUCCAAGACAACCGGUGACAUUGUCAACUACAUGGCCGUCGACGCCCAGCGUCUUCAAGAUCUUACCCAGUUCGCUCAGCAGGCCUGGUCUGCGCCGUUCCAAAUUACCAUCUGCAUGAUUUCCCUCUAUAACCUUGUUGGAUGGUCCAUGAUGGCCGGUAUCGUCGUCAUGAUCAUCAUGAUGCCCGUGCAAGGCUUUGUCGCUCGUAUGAUGAGAAACUUGCAGAAGGACCAGAUGAAGAACAAGGACGCCAGAAGUCGACUGAUCAAUGAAAUCAUCAACAACAUGAAGAGCAUCAAGCUUUAUGCUUGGGGCUCAGCAUUCAUGGCCAAGUUGAACUUUGUCCGAAACGAGCAAGAACUGAAGAACCUCCGAAGAAUUGGCGCCACUCAGGCCGUGGCCAACUUCACCUGGAAUACUGCGCCCUUCUUUGUCUCUUGUUCUACCUUUACCGUUUUUGUUCUCACCCAGGAUCGCCCUCUGACUACGGAAAUUGUUUUCCCUGCCCUGGCCCUCUUUAACCUUUUGACCUUCCCUCUGGCCGUGCUCCCCAUGGUCAUCACCUCCAUUGUUGAGGCCUCGGUUGCCGUUGGUCGUCUGACUUCGUUCCUCACUGCUGAGGAGCUGCAGCCGGAUGCUAUCACUAUUGGCCCAGCUCCUCAGGAGAUGGGCGAGGAGACCGUUAUCCUCCGAGAUGGCACCUUCUCUUGGGACCGACACGAGGAUAAGAACGCGCUGACAGAUGUCAACUUCACUGCUUACAAGGGAGAAUUGUCCUGCAUCGUUGGAAGAGUCGGAGCUGGCAAGUCAUCCUUCUUGCAAAGUAUUCUGGGUGGUCUCUGGAAGGUCAAGGGCUCUGCUGAGGUUCGCGGCACUGUUGCAUAUGCUUCUCAGCAAUGCUGGAUCCUCAACGCUACCGUGAAAGAAAACAUUGUGUUCGGAUAUAAAUGGGACGCCGACUUCUACGAAAAGACAAUCAAGGCUUGUGCUCUCAUCGAUGACUUCGCUCAGCUUCCCGACGGCGAUGAGACCGUCGUUGGUGAGCGAGGUAUUUCUCUUAGCGGUGGCCAAAAGGCUCGUGUUUCGCUGGCUCGUGCUGUCUAUGCCAGAGCCGACAUCUAUCUUCUUGACGAUGUUUUGUCAGCCGUCGAUUCUCACGUUGGCCGACACAUUAUUGAAAACGUCCUUGGCCCUCGUGGAUUGCUCUCCACCAAGACUCGUAUCCUCGCCACAAACGCCAUUUCUGUCCUGAAGCAAGCUAGUUACAUCAGCCUCCUCAAGGAUGGAGAAAUUGUCGAGAAGGGCACCUAUGAGCAGCUUGUCGCUAGAAAGGGACUUGUUGCCGAUCUCUUGAGAACCGCAGGGCAUGACUCUACAAACCCCUCCAGCAGCAGCUCUUCCGGAGAAUCUAGUGAAACCUCCACCGUUAUCGAGCCUCUCAGCAGUCAAGACAAGGAAGAGCUGGAAGAAGCACAGGAGCAAGUGCCAGAGAUGGCGCCCAUCAAGAUUGGAUCUUCUGUAGCUGACAAGCCAAGAUCAAGCAGCAUGGCGACUCUGCGACGUGCCAGUACCGCCAGUUUCAAGGGUCCUCGAGGCAAGCUUACAGAUGAAGAAGUCGCAAGCUCCUCCAAGACGAAGCAAGCCAAGGAGCACGUUGAGCAGGGCAAAGUCAAGUGGUCAGUAUACGCCGAGUAUGCCAAGGAGAACAACCUUUAUGCUGUGGCCAUUUACCUCAUUGCGCUGCUCGCUGCUCAGACGGCCAACAUUGGUGGUUCCUUCUGGCUGAAGGAAUGGGCCGACCAGAACCAGAGCAUCGGUGCCAACGACCAUAUUGGAAAAUUCAUUGGCAUCUAUUUCGCUUUUGGUAUCGGUUCUUCACUCCUGACUGUGCUUCAAACACUCAUCCUGUGGAUCUUCUGUUCCAUCGAAGCCUCUCGCAAGCUUCACGAGCGUAUGGCCAAUGCUAUUUUCAGGUCUCCCAUGUCUUUCUUCGACACCACCCCGGCUGGCCGAAUCCUGAACCGAUUCUCUAGCGACAUUUAUCGUGUCGAUGAGGUGUUGGCUCGCACGUUCAAUAUGCUUUUUGUCAACGUUGCCAAGUCAGGCUUCACCCUCGGCAUCAUCUCCUUGUCCACACCCCCUUUCAUCGCUCUCAUUCUUCCCAUCGCGCUGGCAUACUACUGGAUUCAGCGCUACUACCUCCGCACAUCUCGUGAGCUGAAGCGUCUGGACAGUGUCAGCCGCAGUCCCAUCUAUGCUCACUUCCAGGAAUCGCUUGGAGGCGUCGCCACUAUUCGCGCCUACCGUCAACAGGAGAGAUUCCAGCUUGAAAACGAGUGGAGAGUCGAUGCCAACCUUCGCGCCUAUUUCCCUUCCAUUAGCGCAAACCGCUGGCUUGCCGUCCGACUUGAGUUUAUUGGAGCUCUCGUCAUCCUUUCGGCUGCCGGCUUUGUCGUCAUGGCCAUUGCCAGACACGUUCCUAUUAGCUCUGGCAUUGUUGGUCUGGCCAUGUCCUAUGCUCUGCAAAUCACGACCUCUCUCAACUGGAUUGUCCGCCAAACAGUUGAGGUCGAGACCAACAUUGUGUCUGUCGAGCGAGUGCUUGAAUACGCGCGACUGCCUAGCGAAGCUCCUGAGAUCAUUCCCAGCAGGCGACCUCCCGUUGCCUGGCCCGCCAAGGGUGAGGUCGAUUUCAAGAACUACAGCACUCGUUACCGCGAGGGCUUAGACCUGGUCUUGAAGAACAUCAACCUCGACAUCAAGACUCACGAGAAGAUUGGUGUCGUUGGCCGAACUGGUGCUGGCAAGUCCUCGCUGACUCUGGCCCUGUUCCGACUGAUUGAGCCCGUCACUGGCCAAAUCGACAUUGACAACCUCAACACCUCUUCAAUUGGUCUACUGGAUCUUCGACGUCGUCUUGCUAUUAUUCCACAAGACGCGGCGCUUUUCGAGGGCACCGUUCGAGACAACCUUGACCCGGGCCAUGUACACGACGAUAGCGAGCUUUGGAGCGUGUUAGAUCAUGCUCGUCUGAAGGAUCACGUAGCCAGCUUGGACGGCGGCCUUGAGGCCAAGAUCAACGAAGGAGGCUCAAACCUCUCUCAAGGUCAACGACAGCUCGUCUCUCUCGCCCGUGCCAUGCUCACCCCAUCCAACAUCCUCGUCCUGGACGAGGCCACAGCAGCCGUGGAUAUCGAGACCGACGCCAUGCUCCAAGCCACGCUGCGCUCCCCGCUAUUCUCCAACCGCACCAUCAUUACCGUCGCGCACAGACUAAACACCAUUCUAGACAGCGACCGUGUCGUCGUGCUGGACAAGGGUGAGGUCGUGGAGUUUGAUACACCGAGUGAACUGUACAAGAAGCAGGGUAUCUUCUUCAAUCUUAUGAAACAGGCGGGUCUCGAGAUUGAAUCUUCUUGA